AUGCUUCCGCAAUAUAGUAGCUUAAUAUGUUAUAAAAUUUCUAAUUUUUGUAGAUUCCAAAUGGAAGCUUAUUUUAUUAAAUUGUCACAAAUAAUUUCUUCAAAUGCCCACCCUACUCAAUUACAACAACAAAAAAUAAUUGAACAACAAAAUGGAGGUGGAAGAACAACAAAUAAUAACAAUAUUACUAGCAGUUAUGAACUUAGAGAAUUGGCAUUAGAAGCGCUUGUUGACAUGUGGAGAUUGCCUAAUUUAGUUUCUGAGCUUUACCUCAAUUAUGAUUGUUCACUUUAUUGCUCGAAUUUAUUUGAAGAUUUGGUCCGAAAUCUAUUGGAAAAUGCUUUCCCUAGUGGACCACUACUUUCAACACACAUUCUAUCUGUUGACACUGUCCUCACUGUUGUUGACUUUAUUGAACGUAAUUGUACUGCACGGCAACAUCAACAAAGAAGCAUUGCUUUGGCGAGAAGUCUGGAUGGAUUAAGUACUGAUGAAUUUUCAGGAAAGAUUGGGAAUGAAUCAAAAGGAGAUUUUAAUGAGACGGCCGCCUCAACAAUUUCAUGUCACAUAUCUAAUCAACCCGAAUCAACUAAUCAAUUAUCUCCACCAACACUAGCAGAAUUAAUUAGCGUGAAAAAGCAAAAACGUCUAAUGACUGAAGGCACUGAUUUAUUUAACAGACAUUCCCCACAAAAAGGAGUUGAAUUUCUUUGUGAUAAGGGAUUGCUGAAAAAUCCAAUGGAUCCAAAGGAUGUUGUUAAUUGGCUGCGUCAAAAUCCAAAAUUAGAAAAAUGUAAAAUUGCCGAGUAUAUUUGUCAUAGAAAAAGACUAGAAGUUCUUCGUGCCUUUGUUGAAUCAUUUGAAUUUCAUGGCCUUAGAUUAGAUUUAGCAUUGAGACAAUUUCUUGAAACUUUCCGUCUACCUGGUGAUGCUGCGGAAAUUGAUAAAAUUAUCAAUCAUUUUUCUGAGCACUGGCAUAAUUCAAAUAACCAACCAUUUGAACAUGUUGAUGCCGCUUAUACACUUGCCUAUGCAAUAUUAAUGUUGAAUACAGACCAACAUAACCCUCAAGUACGGCGAAAUCAGACAUUGAUGAGUGUGGAAGAUUUCAAGCGCAAUUUGUCUGGAACUAACCACGGAAAGGACUUCGACCAAGAAAUGCUGGAACAAAUCUACAAUGCUAUAAAAAGUGAAGAAAUUGUAAUGCCUGCUGAACAAGUUGGUCAAGUACGCGAGAAUUAUCUUUGGCGUGUUUUGAUGCGACGCAGUCAUACUUCUGAAGGUCAUUAUUGGCAAAUGUCAAGUGUACAAAGCUGGAAUGAUCGAGAUUUAUUCUGCGUUUUAUGGGGACCUUUAACUGCUUCAUUGCAUUACGUUAUGAACAAAACUGCAGAUGAUACAAUUCUUACGAAAUGUAUGGGUGGUUAUAGAAAAUGUGCCUCAAUAGCUGCCCAUUUUGGAAUGACUGAUGUUUUUGAUACACUAAUAAUUCAUUUAUGUAAAACAGCUAUAUCUGUUUGA